UGGGUGAUAAAAGGAAGAAUAAGUCUAAAUAAGUUACUACUUAGGAUAUGUAAAUUAGAUAAAUAUGUAUUCAAAAGAACAUUGAAUCAUAAGUAAACCAACACGUAACAGGUACCGCCAAGUCGAAGCCUAGUACUGGGUACUUUUGGCAGCUCGGGUAUAAAAGAAGUCAACUUUUUGUUUCGGCUACAGUUUCGAAAUACAAAUUAUCAUGAAAUUAUUGGUUGUCCUGUUUGCCUUGGUGGGCACUGGUUUUGCCAGACCAGGGUACGAUGGAGGACCUAAAGUGGAAAGCGGAUUUGGCGCAUCCGUUCUCCAGAGUGGACCGGCAGGAUAUGGCAGCGGAUAUGGAUCACCUGGUCUUCAGGGCGAGCAGAGAGGAUACGGCGGCGGACCUGGUCUGCAAGCUGGAAUUGGAGGAUUAGGCGAAUCCGUUCGCCAGAGUGGCAAGGGGGGAUACGGUGGCGGACUCAGUCUCCAAGCAGGUCUUGGAGGACCCGUCCCUCAAAGUGGACCGAGAGGAUAUGGCGGCGGGCAGGGAGGAUACGGCGGAUCCGUUCCCCAAAGUGGAUAUGGAGGAUAUGUUCCGCAAGGUGGAUAUGGAGGGUAUGGCGGAUCUGUUCCCCAGAAUGGACAUGGUACUUACGGCGGCGUACAGGGAGGAUAUGCCGGAUCAGGUCCCAACCUCCACGGCGGUCUUGGUGGAUAUGGUGCAACCGUUCCCCCGGUUGGACAGCAAGGUUAUGGGUCUGGAUUCGGUCAAGCCGAGAACGAUUUUCAUCAUCAUGCACAUGAUAAACAUUGCCAACAUCAUAAUCAUUGACGCUAUUAAAACUUUUUUUUUUUAAGAGUUAAAGAAGCUUGAAACAUAAGAGGAAAACUAAUGUUAUUAUCAAACGCCAACAACAAUAGUUCCCAUUUUUUGAAAGGGAAAAUAAGAAAGAUUUCUUAUUUUGGCACAUUUUUGUUUGAUUGCAAAAAUUGAAGUGUUGUUUCUGAAGUGUUGUUCUUUAAAUAAAAGUAAAGGUUGUAAAAA